AUGGCCGCCGACGAGGCCCCAACCACGGAGGCGGCGUGCCAGGACCUGGUCGAGAUCCUUGACGAGGGAUCGGGCCGCCUGGACAUGGGCCGGUACGUGGACCACGUCCGCGACCUCUCGGCGGGCGCCAUCGCCACCUUCGAGGGCACCACGCGGGACCACUUCGACGGGAGGCGCGUGGUGGAGCUCCGCUACGAGGCGUACGGGGCCAUGGCGCGGCGCCGGCUCGAGGCCAUCCUCCGCGAGGCCCGCGCCGCGCACGCGCUGUGCCGGCUGGCCGUGGCGCACCGCCUCGGGACGGUCCCCGCCGGCGAGGCCAGCGUGUUCGUGGCCGCCUCGGCCGUGCACCGCGCGGACGCCAUGGAGGCGUGCCGCUACGUGAUCGACGAGAUCAAGGCCUCCGUGCCCAUCUGGAAGAAGGAGGUGUACGACGACGGCGAGGUGUGGAAGGAGAACCGCGAGUUCCUCGACCGCACCGACGCCGAGAAGCAGGGCAAGCCGGCCGCCGGCGGCGGCUGCUGCUGCGGCAGCAAGGUGAGGGUGAGCUGA